AUGACCGAUACUAUCUUCGAUGAGCGAUGGCAAGUAUCGCCUCGCAGUCUUUACUUACCUUCCUGUUCAGGUGGCACAGCAAAGCGAAGGAUCCAGCUUAGCAAUCCGGCGAGCUGGAUAGUGGAGAACACCUCGACAUCCCUCCCACUACCACUUCUCCACUACGUCUCCCCCUCCUCCUGGCCCUCGACGACCUCCCUCAUCGUCGGCCCCAACUUCACCACCAACCUCCUCCCCAGCUACCCCGCCAAAGCCUCAAGCCCCAUCCUCUCCGGCGACCUCUCCAACCGCAAGCUCGUCGAACUCAGCUUCACCUCCACCCUUACGUCUAGGAACCCUGCGCGCCCUCGACAAUACUUCACCGACGGCUCUCUCUACUUCCUCAACACCCCUAGCCACGCCAUCGGACACGUCUGCGCCUUGGCUCGCGUCACCAGCAAUCCUGAUUCUUUCAUCUUCAUGGGUGGUGAUGCGUGGCGCUAUGCUGGGGAAUUGAGGUCGUCGCGGUAUUUGCCUCUUCCUAAGGAAAUUAUGCCACAUCCUUUCACAUCGUGUCCAACUUCUCCUUGUCCAAGCUCCCUCUUCGCCACGGUCCUUCGGGAUGGCGAUGAAAUGAAACCAUUCUACGAGCCUCGCGGUGAAGGCGUCCUCGUUCACCACGAUCAAGAUGAAGCAACAAGCAUGAUCGAGAAAUUACAGGAACUGGAUCCGCGGGAGGAUGUGCUAAUGGCUGCGGCGCAUGACGAGACUUUGCUAGAUGUUGUGGAUUUCUUUCCCGAAAGGGCGAAUGACUUCGUGAAGAAGGGGUGGGUGAAGCAGACACGCUGGAAAUCUCUGAUGGACUUCGCCGAAGCUGCAGGGUGGAAAGGAGAAAUUCAGGGGAGGAGAGAUUGGCCAAAGCCAGCAUCGGCCUGA